AUGACUAUGCUGCAGUCAACAAAGGUGUGUAUUCAGGCUGCUAUUAGUUUUAGUGGCAAUAUUUCUACUGGUAAAUGUAUUGCUUCUGAUGAUUAUAUUCUGGAUGCUUUGACGGUCUCUCCUCACAACCGACGUGUUAGAGAUAUGUUGCUGGUUUAUUGGAAAGCACCAUCGGCCCCUUGGAUCAAAGUGAAUACAGAUGGCUCCCUUAUUGGCCCACUUGCAGCUUGUGGUGGUCUGUUCCACGAUCAUCGUGGCUCCCUUUUAGGCGCCUUUUCUUGUAACAUUGGUUUAGCUACGGUGUUUUACACUAAGGUUUAUGGUUUUCUUCUUGCUUUGGAGUAUGCAGCUCAGCACGGUUGGAGGAAUGUUUGGCUAGAGAGCGACUUUACGAGUGCUCUGUUGGUUUUUGACAACAAAUCUCUGGUACCGAUUUUACUUCGUAACCGUUGGCAUAACGCUUGCAACCAAGGUAUACAUGUUAUUACUUCUCACAUAUUUAGGGAAGGAAAUUGUUGUGCAGACUUGCUAGCUAAUAUGGGUCACUCGACACAAGGCUCGGUUUGGUUCUCGGUGUUGCCUCAAACUCUUCAGACUGAUUUCUUCUUGGACCGAAGUGGGUUCCCUCGCUCUAGGUUCCCGUAG